GCAACAUUCAAACUGGGGCCACUCGGGCAGGAGGAGCCGCCGCCGCAGCCGCAGGACGACGAGGAGGAGGAGGAGGAGGAGGAGGAAGAGGAGAUGGCCUCGCAGAACGCCGACCCCGCAGCCGCCCCCCGCGGCCCCAGCAAGGCGGCCGAGCCCGGAGGCGGCGCUGCCCGCGGCUCCGUGCGCACCAGGUUGCAGCAGGAGCUGAUGACGCUGAUGAUGUCCGGCGACAAAGGGAUCUCGGCCUUCCCCGAAUCGGACAACCUCUUCAAGUGGAUCGGGACCAUCGACGGAGCCACCGGCACGGUGUAUGAAAACCUGCGCUACAAACUGUCUCUGGAGUUCCCCAGCGGGUACCCCUACAACGCCCCCACUGUGAAGUUCCUCACCCCUUGCUACCACCCCAACGUUGACCAGCAGGGCAACAUCUGCCUGGACAUUCUGAAGGACCAGUGGUCAGCCCUCUACGACGUCCGGACCCUCCUCCUGUCCAUCCAGAGCCUGCUGGGCGAGCCCAACGUUGAGAGUCCCCUGAACAUAGAUGCGGCAGAGCUCUGGAAGGACCAAACAGCCUACAAGAAACGUCUUCACGAAUCCUACGCGAAGCACGUGAAAAGCCAGGAUCCCUGAUUGGGGUCGCCCGCGGUCUCCUUCCUCGUCGUGUCUGUUGCCUUUUGCUGUCCCUGUUUGUGCUGACUAAGAAUUUCACGUUGUAUUAUAAGUUUUUAAUUUUAUUUGGUGCUGCCUCUUGCUGUUGAAUGUAUAAAUAAACGUGUGGUGUUUUCUAA